AGAUUAGCAAAGCUACUCACCAGCUUGAACUAACUGUCCAUACCAUUAGACUUACUUACGAUUAAGAGAACAUGGCAGUUCGAGCAACUGAAUGGCAAAAAUUGCCUGUCACUUUAACCGAGCUGUGCAUCAACACCACCCUCCGUUGCGGGCAAUCAUUCCGCUGGCGGAAGUCUGCCGAUGACGAAUGGUCCUGCGCGCUACAUGGUCGCAUUCUUUCCUUCCGCCAAGAUGCCCUGUACCUGCACUACCGAGCCAUCUAUCCCCCGAGCACUCUCCACACACCACCCCACGACGACGACACCCCUACCCUCGUAAAGCACUAUUUCAACCUUGAGCCCGAUCUCUGCAAGCUGUAUUCGCAAUGGGCCGCCUCCGACGCCAAUUUCAAGAAACGUGCGCCCAAGUUUGCAGGAGUGCGCAUUCUGAGACAGGAUCCCUGGGAGGCUCUGAUUGGGUUUAUAUGCAGCAGCAACAACAAUAUCUCUCGGAUCUCGCAGAUGGUACAUAACCUGUGCCUGCACUAUGGCCCCCUGAUUGGCCAUAUCGGAAACGAGGCAUACCACGACUUUCCCACCCCAGAGGCCCUAGCUGGCCCUGGGGUUGAGCAGCACCUUCAGAAGUUGGGCUUUGGCUACCGAGCCAAGUACAUCUACAAGACCGCAGUCAUGGUGGCAGAUAGUAGGGGCUUGGCUUGGUUGGACGAGUUGUGCAACCCAGAGAGUCCAGUCUUUGGCCAAGAGCCGAAGCCGGGGGGGCCCUUGAUUGAGGGUGGAAGAGAAGGAUAUCGCAAGGCACAUCAGGAGCUGCUGGCGCUGCAUGGUGUUGGUCCCAAGGUUGCGGAUUGUGUGUGCCUUAUGGGACUGGGCUGGUCGGAAUCCGUUCCCGUGGAUACCCAUGUCUGGCAAAUCGCCCAGCGUGACUACAAGUUCGGCAAAGGCAAGCAUAGCAGCCUGACUCCAGCGACAUAUACGGCCGUAGCGAACCAUUUCCGCAAGCUUUGGGGUAAGGAGGCCGGCUGGGCUCAUUCGGUCUUGUUCACUGCCGACCUGAAAGCUUUUUCUGAGCGCCUCGUUGCCAAGACGGAGAUAAAGACUGAGGAAGUAUCGGUAAAAGCAGAGCCCGAUGGCUCAGGAGUCGUCGAGAGCACGACUAAGACAGCAACAGCCACCAAAAAGAGGGUAAAGCGAGAUGUGGGAGAUGAUGAGCAUCAGGUGGUCGAGGUCAAAGAGAAGAUAGUCAAACGGAGCAAGCGACGUAAAGCCUAGUUGCCAAUAUAUAGAGCUGGCUCGUCUAAAUCGGGUAUGAGCGUGAGCGAGGGUGCUCUUCCUACUUAGACACUAAGAUAUACCCCAUUC